ACACACACACACACACACACACCCACACACACACCCACAAUCUUGCGCUCGAGCGCGCUCGGUCGUCUAUAUACACGUGAGACGGGCGCGUCGGGCGGCAAUCGCUUUUUAGUCCGUCUUCGAGCAGUGUCGCGCGUCCGUCCGUCCAUCUGUCCGCGGUCCGUCUGUCCGUCCGUCCGUCCGUCAGCCGUCCGCGAGCCGACUCCGACUCCGAAUAUCUGCGGGUCCGCCACACGGGGAAUCCCGAGCGCCGAUCUCUGCCGUCGUUGGACAACCGUUGCGACCGAACCCGUAAGCAUUGGCGUCGUCCCGAACAUGUGACGCGGCCGCCGCCGACGCGGACGGUGCCGCACCAUCGCCGCCGGCCCGGGCGUGCCGCCGAGCGCCGCCGCCGCAGCCGCCGCAGAAGUCGUCGCCCCUGCUGGCCGCCAUGAUCGGCGGGUUCUUCAACAAGCCCGUCGGCCGGCAGUACGUGGCAGCGUUCGUCGCGUCGCUGUCGGUGAUGAUGGCGGGCACGUCGUUGGGUUGGCCGUCGCCGGUGCUGGCCAAGCUGUCCAACGGCGGGCUGACGAUGGACGCCACCAACGAACAACAGUCGUGGAUGAUCGCCAUGCUGGAGCUGGGCAACCUGCUGUCGCCGAUACCGUUCGGGCUGCUCGUGGACAUGGUGGGCCGGAAACCGUGUCUGCUGCUCACCGGGCCCCUAUACAUCGUCAGCUGGCUGAUGGUGUUGUGGAGCAGCACCAUCGGCGUGCUGUACUGGGUGCGGCUGCUGCAGGGCGCGUGCAUCGGCAUCAUAACCACCGUGGCGCCAAUCUACAUCGGCGAGAUAGCCGGCGACGGCAUACGCGGCGCGCUCAGCACGUUCUUCAACGGCAUGCUCAACGCCGGCAUCCUUUACGUGUACUGCGUCGGGCCGCUCGUGUCGUACGACGCGCUCACGUACUACUCGCUGCUGGUGCCGUGCGCGUUCCUGGGCACGUGCCUGUGGAUACCCGAGUCGCCGUACUACUACGUGCUCCGGGACGACGACAAGAAGGCGCACGAGUCGGUGGCGUGGCUGCACGGUGACGCCGAGUCGGACGUGGUGGUCCGCGAGCUGAUGCGGAUCAAGGCCGAGGCCCGGGACGACCUCCGGGACAAGGGGUCGAUGCGCGACCUGUUCGGGUCCCGGUGCAGCCGCAAGGCGUUCCUGAUCGUCCAGAUCGUGGCCGCGGCCGACGUGCUGUCGGGCAUGACCACCGUGCUGGCGUACGCGUCAUCCACGUUCGCGCACGCCGACACGGACAAGACGCUGUCCCCGGACCAGUUCACCAUGCUGCUGGGCGUGCUCAUAUUCUGCACCACGUUCGUCACCGGUUACCUGGUCGACAAACUGGGCCGCCGGCCGCUGCUGCUGUUCUCGUGCUUCGGGUGCGGCGCGUUCGAGCUGGUCACCGGGCUGUACUACUACAAGCGGUGGGUCGGCUUCGAGUCGCUGGGCGCCUGGAUACCGUUCACGGCCAUCGGGUCGUUCGCCGUCAUCUACAGCAUAGGGCUCGGGCCCCUGGUUCCCACGCUCCAGGGCGAAAUGUUCCCGUCCAACGUCCGCGGCCUGGCCAGCGCCAUCACGUCCGUCACGCUCACCGUCAUAUCGUUCGUCGGCCUCAAGAUGUACCAGGUCAUCACCGACCACUGGGGCAUACACGUCAACUACUUCAUAUACGGCAUAGGGUGCCUGGUCUCGUUCCUGUUGAUCUACCGAUUCCUCCCGGAGACCAAGGGCAAGACGUUCGCGCAGAUCCAGAGCGAGAUCAUGAACACCAUCGACGACCGGCCGUCUUGCGGCAAGAACCGUCGUAAGCCUGUCAACGCCAACACCACCGUCGUCUAGGUUAUAGUGCUGCAGCAGUAUUGCCGAUAAAAUAAUAAUAAUAAUAAUAAUAAUUUUGAACAAGUUGAUAACAUUAUAUAUUGUAUAAUAAUAUCGUUUUCGUUUUCGCGUGUUUGUGUGUUUUUUUUUCUGUUCAUCAUUUUCUUUACAUUUCAUUUCUGUAUAGUAUUAAACUAUUUAUACGUUUA